GGAUGUUGUGAGGAGCCGCUGCCGGCGGGGCUGGGCGAGCGAGGCAGGCGGGCGGGCGGCAAGCGGGAAGCCGUGCUUUGAGGUUAGUGUCCAUUCACUCAGACCUGAAUUAUGACAUCACGAGGUUCUGGCACUUCAUUUUCUCGGAAGAAUUAUAGAUUAAGCACAGAGCCUGAAAAAUCCAAGACUGCAGGGAUAGUGAACAGCAAGCUCCUGAAUGAUUAUCUACAUCGUAUCUUCCCUAGUGCUGAUGGAACUCAGCCUACUGCUGCAUUCAGAAAACAUCUGUCAUUUCAAAACCUAGAAGAACAUAUAGAGCGAUUGCUGGCAGAGAACGUUGGCUCAGAAGAUGGUCAAGAUCAGGUAGCAGAGGGCAGACUUGGUCCUUCCACUGUGGUGUUGGAUCAUACUAGUGGUUUUGAGGGUCUCCUGCUGGUGGAUGAUGAUCUACUUGGGGUGAUUGGACAUAGUAAUUUUGGCUCUAUCAGGGCUACUACCUGUGUGUAUAAAGGAAAAUGGAUCUAUGAGGUGCUGAUUUCAUCCCAAGGCCUCAUGCAGAUUGGCUGGUGCACUCUCAAUUGUCGAUUCAAUCAAGAGGAGGGAGUUGGAGAUACUUCAGAUUCAUAUGCCUAUGAUGGUAAUCGAGUACGCAAAUGGAACGUGACCACAACCAACUAUGGUAAAUCUUGGGCAGCAGGAGAUAUUGUCAGCUGUUUGAUAGACCUGGAUGAAGGAAGCAUUUCUUUCUGCUUGAAUGGUGUGUCUCUUGGGACAGCUUUUGAUAACAUCUCACGAGGUUCUGGCAUGGCCUACUUCCCUGCCAUCAGCCUGUCCUUCAAGGAAUCUGUUGCUUUUAACUUUGGUAGCCGCCCACUCCGAUAUCCAGUGGAGGGGUAUCGACCCUUACAAGACAAACCAGCUACAGAUCUGGUGAAAGCUCACAAGCUGUUGGGUUACCUGAAAAAUGUUAUUAAUAUUGGAAUAGAUGUUUCGGAUGGGAAGCUGGUUGAGAAAGACUCUUCCACCUGGCAACUCCAGGGGGAACCAACAGUGCUCAUCACCUUGGCACAUAUUUUCAAUCACUUUGCCCCUCUCAUGUGCAAAGUGUACUUGGUGGAAGAUGUGCUUAUGACCUUCCUCCUUAGCAUCCUGGAAGGAGGGGGCGCUGUGGAAGCACACCCUCUUAUUCAGCAGUUAUUGGAUCUCAUGUGGCUUCUCAUGGAAGAUUAUGAAAUACAUGAAUGCCUCAAACAGUUGCUGAUGUCCCUGCUCAGGGCUUACCGCUUCUCUCCCAUUGUUCCUGAUCUAGGAUUACAAAUUCACUACCUCCGUCUCACUAUUGCUGUUCUGAAGCAUGAGAAGUCCAGGAAGUACCUGCUGCAAAAUGUCUUAUUUGAUGUACUCCGCUCAGUUGUGUUUUUUUACAUCAAGAGUCCCCUGCGUGUGGAGGAGGCUGGUUUGCAGGAGCUGAUUCCUACCACCUGGUGGCCAAACCGUUUUAACAAAGAGGGCAAAGAGAGUAAAGAAGUAAAGGAAGAGACUGCUGAAGAGAGACUGAGGAGACGAGCAUAUGAAAGAGGCUGCCAGCGGCUCAAGAAACGCAUUGAAGUGGUAGAAGAACUCCAAGUCCAGAUACUGAAGUUGCUGUUAAACAAUAAAGAUCAUGGAGGGGGAGGAGCUUCCAGAUAUAUCUUUCUAAAUAAGUUCCGCAAAUUUCUUCAGGAAAACGCUAGUAACCGAGGGAAUCUGACCGUAUUGUGUCCUCCGGAGUAUAUGGUAUGUUUCUUGCACCGACUCAUCUCAGCCUUGAGGCAUUACUGGGAUGAGCAUAAGGUGAAGAAUCCUUCAGCAUUAAGCAGUGAAGAUGCCUAUGUUCCCCCUCAGCUCUUCUACAAUGGGAAGGUGGAUUACUUUGACCUCCAACGACUUGGGGGACUCCUAUCUCAUCUCAAAAAGACUCUUAAAGAUGACCUGGCGUCCAAGGCAAAUAUUCUGAUUGACCCCGCAGAACUUCAGGCAGUAACAAUGGAUGAUCUUGAUGAAGAUGAAGAGUCAGCAGUGUCAACAGCACAGCGUCCAUCUGCCUCACUAGCAAUUGGGGGUGCCUUGGCUAGGCCAAGUUGGCUUAGCUCACCCACCCUGGGUCGAGCAAACCGAUUCCUCAGUACUGCAGCUGUCAGCCUUAUGACCCCAAGGCGCUCACUGGGUGCCAUGGAAAAGGUUAAAGUCCGUGCACUGAACAUGGAACAACGGACAGAGGAAGACAUUGAAGGCAGCCAUGGAAAUGAAGGCCUUUUAUUAGGGAAACCUGCAGAAGAGCCAGAACAGCCGAUAACCGAAAACUCUCUUUUGGAAGUCUUGGAUGGAAUAGUCAUGAUGUACAACCUCAGCGUGCAUCAGCAGCUUGGUAAGAUGGUAGGUGUUUCUGAUGAUGUGAAUGAGUAUGCUAUGGCACUGAAGGACACUGAAGAAAAGAUUAGCCGAUGCCCAAAGAGGAGAAGAGAUAUCCAUGAAGAAUUGGUGAAGAGUCAGAAGGUGUUCUCAGAGAAGCUUAAUCACUUGAGUCGCCGGCUCGCUUGGAUCAAUGUUACUAUUUAUUCAAAGGAGAAGAUGCAAGAUAUAUACUGGUUGCUACGGGUGUGUAUUCGCACUAUUGAACAUGGGGACCGGAUUGGCUCACUGUUUGCAUUUAUGCCUGAAUUUUAUCUGAGUGUGGCUAUGAACAGCUACAGUGCUCUCAAAAACUACUUCAGUCCCGUGAACAGCAUGGAGGAACUUCCAGGCUAUGAAGAGACAUUGACACGCCUUGCUGCCAUUUUAGCCAAGCACUUUGCUGACUCAAGGAUUGUGGGCACUGACAUCAGAGACUCUCUAAUGCAAGCAUUAGCCAGCUAUGUUUGCUACCCCCACUCACUCCGUGCUGUAGAGAGGAUUCCAGAAGAUCAGCGAGUAUCCAUGAUGAGGAACCUGCUGGCCCCUUAUGAGCAAAGACCCUGGGCCCAGACCAACUGGAUUCUUGUACGACUUUGGCGAGGCUGUGGAUUUGGUUAUAGGUACACACGGCUUCCUCAUCUGCUGAAAACCAAACCAGAAGAUGCCAGUCUCCCCAGUUUACAGAAGCCUUGUCCAUCUACCCUGCUGCAGCGACAUAUGGCAGACCUGCUGCGCAGCGACCGUGAAAUGGCACCCAGUUUCCUCAACAGUGUCCUUAAUCAGCUGAACUGGGCCUUCUCAGAGUUCAUUGGCAUGAUUCAGGAGAUCCAACAAGCUGCAGAGCGCCUGGAAAGAAACUUUGUAGACAGUCGCCAGUUGAAGGUGUGUGCAACAUGCUUUGAUCUAUCAGUGAGCCUGCUCAGAGUCUUGGAAAUGACUGUCACUCUGGCUCCUGAGAUUUUCCUAGACUGGAGUCGCCCUUCAUCAGAGCUAUUACUCAGGAGACUUGCACAGCUUCUAAAUCAGGUGCUAAAUCGUGUGACGGCUGAGCGGAACUUGUUUGACAGAGUGGUUAAUCUUCGCCUGCCAGGACUGGAGAGUGUAGACCACUAUCCAAUCCUUGUGGGUGUGACAGGAAUUCUGGUCCGCCUUCUUGUUGAUACUGACUUCCAAGGGGCUGAGCGGGCAACAGCUGUGCUGCUGGCAGAUCCCUGUUUUCAACUCCGUUCUAUUCAGUACCUGUUGGGUCACACAGAGCCUUUAGUACUGGGAAUGGCAUCACCUUCUGCUGACAAGAAACAUUUCUCCCUGCAGAGUUACACUGAUUACAUCAGCCAGGAAGAGCUAGCCAAGGUAGAGCAAAUGCUAGGCCACCUCAGCGAAGAGUCCAAGCAGGCUGCAGCUUCCACUUUGCCAACCAGUGAGGAGGAUCUGUGUCCUAUUUGCUACGCACAUCCAAUCUCUGCUGUAUUCAAGCCAUGCUCCCACAAGUCAUGCAAAGCCUGUAUCAACCAGCACCUGAUGAACAACAAGGACUGCUUCUUCUGCAAAGCUACCAUCACGGGUGUGGAUGAUUACAUUAAGCCAGCCACCUCCUAGUGCCUGGACCCUGCAGGGCAGGGCCACAUGCCUGGGCAGCUUCUCCACAUGGUGGGCUCACCCUGCUCCGAGAGCACCUCUGUCAGAGGUGGCUGCUGUUCAGUACAGCUGAGCUCAGUUUUAUUUAUAACACCUCUUGCAGGCCAAGCACCACUGUAUGCGCCAGCUGGGCCACAUUGUAUCCUUUAAUCCCCCUGAAUCUAGGGACACUUUCUGUUGUGGUCUUUUGACUCCAACAGGCACUGGGGUUUCUCUGUGGGUAUGUAGAAGGGGGCUGAACAUUCUCAGGUUCUCUACCUCAGCCUGAUUCUGUAGCUCCUUUCCUGUAUCUGCCCCAGGAAAGCCUGUCCUGAACACAUCAACUGUGGCGUAGCGGCUCCAUGAUGGACUGAAAGCUGUUCCUACAGCCGGACUCCAUCCCGUGAGUCCAGCUGCUCACUAGCCAAGUGUGUUUUUUGCUGCUGCAGCACUUUGCCAUUUGACUGUGCAUGUGGGAGCAGAGAGUUGGUUCAAAUAUUUAUGUGGGUAUACCAUGCAGUGGCCCCUCUGCCUGAGCCACUCGAGGAUUACCCUGGGCAGCAGAGAGAUGCGGCCACACAGUUCUUCCAUGCACAAUCUAGUGGUGCAGGUCUGUGUAAUCUGUCCAUCUAAAAAAUCUGAAUCUGCUCCUAGGGAUUCUGGCUCCUGACAGCUAACCAAGUAUAGCAGAACACCAGGCCGUGCGUUUGUGGUGCAAGCUUAGUGAUGCAACAAAGGGCACACUGUGCUGUAAACAACACAUGCAGAGAUGAAGCCCACAAUGCCAGAGGUGUGUCUAAAUGGAUUUCUGAGCUUCUCCAAGGGAAAAAAUCAGACACAGGAGGGGCCAGUUCAUUGUGGGAUACUGGCUGGGAGAAGUACAAAUUAGGCUGAUUUUAUGGGCUUUAGCAGGAGCGAUCCUGCCUGCACUGCUAUCUUCUACCAGCAGAAGGUGCCUUAUGGCACCAGCCCUUCACUGUGUGACCAGGCUGCCUGUACUGUCCAAGAACAGACAAGGGUGUUUCUUUUUAAUUUACUAACUGUGUGUGAUUUGUAACCAGAAGUGUUGGGGAGGGCAGCAAACAUUGUGCUUGGAGCAAGAAAUUUAACUUAUGUGCAUCUAUGAUUGUCUCUCUCCCUAAGCUCCUCCAAACUGGAAGGGGUGUUACUUCCAUAAAAUGGAAUAUUAAAUUAUUAUUCCUUAA